AUGCAGUGGAGUGAAUUAAGGCGUCAGGCCAAAGCUCUCGAAAGUGAACUAGAUUUGAAACUUACCGAGUUUGGCAAAGUUGGUAGUUCCUCCCUCAGCGGUAGUGUUGUUACUCGUACACCUCACAUAACGCAGUCUUCCAGUAGUCAAAGCUACAGCGAUCUUUGCAACGAUAUUGAAGACUUGUUGCAGAGAUUGACACAGGUCAACGAUAAGAUGGGUGACGUUGUCUCCAGUGCAGACCACGGGAACAUCAGUCAACAGCACAUCGCAAAGCGUCAUCGUGAAAUCCUCUUCGACUAUUCACAGGACUUUAAACGCAUGCGAACUAACUUUAACAACGCACGCAACCGCGACUAUCUUCUCUCGUCGACGUACAGAUCUCAGAACGCACCUCAGGGUGAUAAACCACCUGAGGCCACGAGGCUUUUGAUUGAGGAACAAAAGAGCUUGCUCCACACGGAUAAAAUGUUGACAGAUCGACUUUCGGCGGCUUCGGCGAUCCGCUCAGCAUUGAAGUCACAGCACCACAUGCUCAAAGCCACCACGGGUAAUCUGUUGAAUCUAAGGGCUCAAUUUCCCCUCGUCAAUAAGGUCUUGAAUCAGGUGUCAUGGCGCAAGAAACGGGAUUCGAUUAUCGUUGGGUCGGUGAUUGGUUGUUGCCUGCUCUUUCUACUCUUCUAUCUUUUCCAUUGA